AUAUUUCACAUUCUCCAGAAUGUUAAGUGACACUUUAACUGCUCGCUGUGGUGGGGAAGGGGGCAGAGGUAGGUGAGGGCUCUCCUAGCCCAGAAGGCAGUGGCGGCAGCGGAGGCCCAGCACUCCCGCACAAAUCUCCGCAGACCGGCUGUUGGGGGGAAAAAGUGUUAGCCGUCUCUCCCAGAUCUGCAAGGGGGAAAAUUUUUGGAACCGUAAAGUUGAAAACUUUUUUCUCUCAGUUUGGAAGAAGCCCUUCAUCAUGAAUGGGAUGCGAGGAGUUCGGGCGAGAGGAGGCGAGAGGCACAAAGGAGGGGAGAUUUCUCGCCUGCCGCUCGCGCUGGGGCUCGAUGUGAAUAUAUAUUAUGUCUGCCUGUUCUCCCCUCGUCGGUGGCUAAGGUCAGCGGCUCCGAACAGACCCCGGGAGGAGGGGGGCAGAAAGGGGAGGGGGGGUCCGGCGCCUCACGUGACCCCCAGGGGUGCCAAUGUCCGGUCGUGAGGGUAUCAGGCCCUUGCAAGUUGCCACCUACUGCCCGGGUUUGGCCCAGCGAUGCAGAAAGCCACCUACUACGACAACGCCGCGGCUGCACUCUUCGGAGGCUACUCCUCGUACCCUGGCAGUAAUGGCUUCGGCUACGACGGUGCCCCCCAACCCCCCUUCCAGGCCGCCACGCACCUGGAAGGAGACUACCAGCGCUCAGCGUGCUCGCUGCAAUCCCUGGGCAACGCCGCCCAGCAUGCUAAGAGCAAGGAGCUCAACGGCAGCUGCAUGAGGCCGGGCCUGGCCCCCGAGCCCCUACCCGCCCCGCCCGGCUCACCCCCGCCCAGCGCCGCACCUACCAGUACCACUAGCAACAGCAGCAAUGGGGGCGGGUCCGGCAAAAGCGGCCCCCCCAAAUGCGGUCCCGGCUCCAACUCCACCCUCACCAAACAGAUAUUCCCCUGGAUGAAAGAGUCGAGGCAAACGUCCAAGCUGAAAAACAGCUCCCCCGGCACAGCGGAGGGCUGCGGCGGCGGCGGCGGCGUAGGAGGAGGAGGUAGUGGUGGAGGUAGUGGAGGCGGUGGCGGGGGCGGCAGCAGCGGGGGAGGGGACAAGAGCCCCCCGGGAUCCGCGGCGUCCAAGCGGGCGCGGACGGCAUACACGAGCGCGCAGCUGGUGGAGCUGGAAAAGGAGUUCCACUUCAACCGCUACCUGUGCCGGCCGCGCCGCGUGGAGAUGGCCAACCUGCUGAACCUCAGCGAGCGGCAGAUCAAGAUCUGGUUCCAGAAUCGGCGCAUGAAGUACAAGAAGGACCAGAAGGCCAAGGGUCUGGCCUCGUCAUCGGGGGGCCCCUCCCCCGCCGGCAGUCCCCCGCAACCCAUGCAGUCCACCGCCGGCUUCAUGAACGCCUUACACUCCCUGACCCCCAGCUACGAGAGUCCGUCCCCUCCCACCUUCGGCAAAGCCCACCAGAAUGCCUACGCGCUGUCCUCCACCUACCAGCCCCCUCUCAAAGGCUGCGGCGCCCCACAGAAGUACCCCCCUACGCCGGCGCCCGAUUACGAGCCCCACGUCCUCCAAGCCAACGGGGGCGCCUACGGAACGCCCACCAUGCAGGGUAGCCCCGUGUACGUGGGCGGGGGCGGCUACGCGGAUCCGCUGCCGCCCCCUGCCGGCCCCUCCCUCUACGGCCUCAACCACCUUUCCCACCACCCCUCGGGGAACCUGGACUACAACGGGGCGCCCCCUAUGGCCCCCAGCCAGCACCACGGACCCUGUGACCCCCACCCCACGUACACAGACCUCUCCUCUCACCAUGCGCCUCCUCCUCAGGGUAGAAUCCAAGAAGCACCCAAGUUAACACAUCUGUGAUGGGAGAGGGAGGGUAAAGGGGUGAGGUCAAGGGGUAAGGGAGAGCCUGGAGCAGCAACCUGGAAAUCUGAAGAAGGGAUAUGGACGGGGUAGACAGUCUUCCUGGGAAAAAACAAGUCUAGAACUCCUUCCCCUCUAGACCUAAGAGGGUGCUUUUUUUAAAUCCUCCAGCCCUUGUUCUGCCUGCCUACCCUCGGGAAAGGAGUCCACCGCAGAUUGGAGAUGACCCCCAUCAACCUUAGACUUCCAGCAAAAUCCAGUUGGUAUUCCACUCUUGGGAGUGGGGUUGAAGGAGGAGAAGAUAGGGAAACAAGAAAGAGAAGCACAUUUUAAAAACACAGACAAGAUGGCUAGGCCAUCACCAACCAACCAACUUACCUUCAGUGUCUGUGGGAAAUUCCCCCAAAUCUUGAUUCCCCCUUGCAAUUCUCCUUUAAAAAGAAUUAGAAAACAUUUCAGAACCAGGGGCACCAAGCACUGCUCCCCCUCCCACUUCCCUGAAGCCUCAAGUUUCCUCCCAUCUAUUUGAGGUUAAUUGGGCACUCCCCUCUAGCCCCAUAUUUUUCUGCUCUAGUACAUUAAUAUCUAUACCCCGACCCCAUCAAUUACAGUUUUCAGAGGGCUCAGGGAUGGUGAGAGAUCUUGAAAGUCAGAGCUGUCUAUAUUAUAAAUAUAUAUAUUUUUUUCUUUUAUGGAAAAGCUGGGAGGUGAGGGUAGGCAAAUUGUCAGGACUGAAGGUUUGCCCAUUCUGCUGCCUCCCACCCAUCUCAGCUCCAGGUCCAUCCCACUCUUUCUACAGAAAGCAAUUGGAGACACGAGGUUCUUCUACACUUUUCUCCUGUUGCUCUCUUGACUUAACGUGAAAACAGGGUAUAUUUUAACAAACUGUCUGUCCCAGGAAGGGGCUGCAGCUGGGCCUGUGUGCCUUGCUCAACCCCCUGACAGGACACUUUUGUUGCACUUAGAGUUUACAUUUUAAUGGAUAUAAAAACAACUGUGAGAGAUGUCUGGGCCUGCAGGAGUCCAGCAUCGCUCAAAAAGUGUGUGUUCUAGUGAACAUUUUCAUAUAUAUUUAUUGGUCAUAGCCUGUUAAAAUAUUUUCUUUUUUGUAUUAUUUAUCCCCUUACAUUAUGUAUUUAUAUGAGGGAAAAAGGAAAAAACUGUACUUUUUUUUUUUAGUAUUUACUUGUUAUAAAGGAUGUGUUUCCUGUCAUGUAAAACCAGCUAUUUUAGUUAUUAUUGUACUCUAGAAAAGAGCUGUAGAUUUAUGUUAAACUCGUACUUAUGAGCAAUUGUAAUUAGUUCUAAAAGGCAUGAACUCAGCUCCUAAUUGUCACUGUAUAGUCCUGAAUUUGUAGAAUUAGAUUAAUUCCCUCUUGGAACUUUCUGUUCUUCCGUAGUUACUUUUUUCCUUACUUAAAAGGGUUGUCUGUCAAACAAUUCUUGAAUAAACUUUCUGUUAUCAAUUUUA